AUGGAUCAGAUGAACCUCCUCCCAAGCAAUGCACAGAGAUAUGAAUCCUCCAGAGACUUGCUGCACGCGGCAUCGAACCACUGGAUAGCUCAUUCUCACGGCUCACCUGCAUCGUCAUGGCCCUCUCAGCCGUUGCCUCUCGGUUCUUUCUACUUUGCGCAACACCAAGCUUUCCAAAGGCCUUCAAUGGACGGCCUAGGUCCUGCGCAUCCGAUGCAUUCUGGUCAGCAUGGCACGUUGCCUCCUCCAGACCGAAGUGUAAGUGUGCGCGGCAUGCAGACUCCAGAAUCUUAUCCUCGGUUACCCGCAGCGGCAGUUUACUGGAGUUCAACAAUGCAGCCGGCGCCCGUGAGCAGCUCAGGGGCAACCAUUAGCUCUGUCCCGAGCCCUUUUGGGAACAUGAAUACAAGUGCAAGAGAUUUGGCACUGCGGCCACCUGCUGCGACGGAUUGGGCACCACCCGUUGGUGCGACCUCGGGGACGCAUUCCGUGACUUUUCCCCAAAUCUCAUCUUCUGAAGGGUUGCCAAAUGCCCCCAGUCAUCAAGUCAGUCCUUCAACGGCGGCUUCCCAUUUCCCUUUAUCCCCGGAUUCUCCUCGUCGCCAAGGACAAACCUCGUCGCCUACUCCCUACCGAUCGCACCGAUCACAAACUGCCACCGCCGUUCUCAGCUAUCGCGACAACAGUAGUCUUUUGGCCCCGUCGUCCGACCGUCGCCGGCAAGCGCAUCCUCGAGCACGACGGUCUAUGGCGUCACGGCAAACCAGCUCUGACCUUGGACGUUCACAAGAUGACGCCGCCCAAACUCCGCAGGUACUGGGUGACGACCCAACUUCAAGAUCGAGUCGUCGAGGAAGUCAUGUGAUAAGCGCUUCACAGGUGGAGGAUGUCAUGGCGCGGCAAAUGCAGAUGUAUCGCGGUACAGUGCAAACUAAAAUGGUUGCAUCCAAAGCCGCCCUACAAUCGCUGGAAUGUGUCGAGGCUUCUGCGCUCCCGGAAUCUGAAAGAACCUGUGUGAUAUGUUACAACGAGUACGGGGUGGCCAGUCCUGAGGGGAUAAACGAAGCCCCUAUCAGGUUGCCUCAAUGCAAACACAUCUUUGGAGAUCACUGUAUCAAGAAAUGGCUCGAGGACUCAGAUAGCUGCCCGUAUUGCCGGAGCAAGCUGCAGUCCGAGCCGAAGCUGUCAUUUGGAUCUGCACGAACGUUUAUGCACAUGAUGAGACUUCGAGGAUUGCCACUCCCCACUGGCAUUUCUGAAGAGAUGAUUGCCAGGGUUGUAAGCAGGCCGGUCGGGGAGCUAGAGCUCCAGGAACUGCUGAUGCGUUCCCACCGUCCAGCGGACAGGCGGUCUCCUCCAGACGAUGCCUCCGGGCACGACCACCGCCGCACACGUCAACGCCUCAGUAGUUCGGUUGUGAUGAGUGAAAGUCAUGUCGAAGAGUUGUCGACAUCGCAGCCACACAUGCCACUGGACGGCUUGCCAUCCGAGCCGUCAUCACAACCACCGGGCGGCCAUGGAAGUUUGAACGAGAACAUGUGGGUUUCCAUUUCGACGCCGGGUGCCUAUGUACCCUCUGAGCCAUUUCAUGGUCAGCCGCCACCCAGAGCCGGUUGGACAGAAGGACUUGAGCAUACUUCAGGCGCCAGUGUGAGACGAGGGACCGCCUCCGAGCCUCCUACCUCGAGACCGACGAGACCUCAAAUAGUCGACCCCCCCGGGACGGUGAUUGCGAAUGGAUCAUCGAUCCCACCACCAACGAUUCUGAACCCUCUGCAGAGGUCAAUAAAUCAGCAGCGUACAGGCACCAGCCUGUCCGGUAGUGCAGCAGCUCCCCAGUCUAGCAGCGCGCCCACGGCAAACUCUUCGUCCGCCGAGGCAGAGCUGUCCCCGCUUCGGCCAUCCAGGAAUCGACCAUGGUAA